UUCUUUUGCAAUCUGCCUUGUCUCCAUCUUUCCACCAACCCAUUUACAAAGAAACCUUUUUUAGUAGUUUUCUAUAAAUAUUUCUGCGAUCCACUUCUGCUCUCAUGUUCCCACCUAAACUUUUCCCAUUUACAUAGAACUCUGGUUUUAUGGUAGAUUGAAGCGCAGUUACUGCAUGAUCAAAGGCUAGAUAUUUCUUGGUGGAAUUGAAGUGUUUGUUCUGAGGAGCAAUGGGUUUUAGCUGCUUUGGUGCUUUUGAAUCUUCUAAAGAUCGUAGGGAGAUUCUGAGUCAAGAACUUGUUACCAAUAAUGUGAGGUUAUUCUCCUAUAACUCCAUCAGAUCAGCAACUGGGCAUUUUCAUCCAUCAAACAAGAUAGGAGGGGGUGGUUUUGGAGUUGUUUACAAGGGUGUGUUAAGGGAUGGAACUUGUGUUGCCAUCAAAUGUCUUUCUGCAGAGUCAAAGCAAGGAACAAAGGAAUUCUUGACAGAAAUUAACAUGAUUUCAAACAUCAGACACCCCAAUCUUGUACAUCUGAUUGGUUGUUGUGUUGAGGGUAGUAAUAGGAUGUUGGUAUAUGAAUAUUUGGAGAACAAUAGCCUUGCCAGUGCAUUACUAGGUUCUAAAGGCAAAAGAAUUUAUCUGGAUUGGCCUGAGAGGGCUGCCAUAUGUCUGGGAACAGCAUCUGGUCUAGCAUUUCUUCACCAAGAAGCCGAACCACAUAUAGUGCACAGAGAUAUAAAAGCUAGUAAUCUGCUUCUUGAUGAAAAUCUUCAUCCUAAAAUCGGGGAUUUUGGUCUGGCAAAACUUUUCCCUGACAACGUAACGCAUCUCAGUACUCGAGUGGCAGGAACAAUAGGAUAUCUUGCUCCCGAGUAUGCUUUGCUAGGACAGCUUACAACAAAGGUUGAUGUAUAUAGUUUCGGAGUGCUUCUUCUCGAGAUCAUUAGUGGGAGAAGCAGUAGUAAGGCUGCUUUUGGAGAGGAUAUGUUGAUGCUGGUGGAAUGGACAUGGAAGCUCAAAGAAGAAGGCAGGCUUCUGGAAAUCGUUGAUCCAGAAUUGACAGAAUAUCCAGAGCCUGAAGCAAUGCGCUUCAUUAAAGUCGCGCUGUUUUGCACCCAAACAUCUUCUCAACAAAGACCAAGCAUGAAACAAGUGAUCGAGAUGCUCUCGAAAGAUGUAAACCUUAACGAGAAAUUAUUGACAGAGCCGGGAGUUUAUAGACCACAGAGCUCUAAGAAAGCAGCAGCAUAUGCCAGCCCAAAGAGAGGCAAGCAAUCUGUUAAUCAUUUUGCAUUAGCAAACCAGAUGCAUAGUUUCCAGAGCAUGACAGAUAUGCUUCCAAGAUAGUACAAGACAUUCAAUUAUUAUUCUUUUUACUCCCACACAUUCAUAUUCUUUGAGAGGCAAGGGAAACCUGUAGCCACUAUCUGAGCGCUAAACCAGCCUAGGUUACCCAUAACUGAACUGUUCAAAUCAAGAAAGCCAAUAAGCUGCCUCUGCUGGGAGUCGAAUAUGUAACCUUGUGGUUACCAAGUCAAUAGCCUUACCAACUUGGUUGAGGUUGGCCUCUAGUCUCACCUGUAAAUUUUGUGUUGUACUUACCUAGGCAUCCUAAUUUAUAGUUUUGAACAAAGGCAUGACAAUGUUGGAAUGGUAGAAAUUAGCAGACAUUCUGUAUUGUAUUUCUAUGAACAGAAGUGUAUUAUAU